UUGAAAAGAAACAGAAAAAAGCGAGUAUUUAAAAGUUAUGUUUUUUUCUAUUAAAAAAUUUAUUUUCAAUAAAAAUGGUAUAGGCGUUGAGCCAAAUAUCAUUAAAUGCUAUGAAAAUCUAUGGAGAUUUUUUUUUUAUUAUUAAACGUCUUCUGUGUUGGUGAAGGCCUUGUAUAGCUGUGAACAAAAACAUAACGUAGAAAAUGUUGUAUUUUUCUUACUAUCUCUUAUUUGCGUAGUGUCAAAAGAUAAUUUUAAUUUUUCCCUACGUUACCUUUUUUUGUUUAAAUAGAUCAUUUUGUUAGGGAGUGCUUAUUUUUUUUUUUUAAUGUGUAGUCCUUUUCUUGCAUUGUACUUUAUAUUUUGAUGUUAUCCAAUGUACAGUCAAUUCGUUCUAAUUGCAAACUUUAGUUUUUUUUUUAAUUACGUGUAAUACUUUUGUACACCUUUGUGUUUUUGACGCCGUACCUACGCUUAUUCUUAGAUAUUUUUCUGCUAUCUUUGAUAAGAACUAUACGUGUUUUUUUGUGAUUUCAAUUUCCAUGACGAUGCCUGGAAAAGAGUUUUUCUAGCUUUUUUUUUUUAAAGCUGUUUUUGAACGCUGUCUUAUUUUAAAAGAUAUUAAUGGGGUGUACAUUAAGCUCCCACACUUUAAAAAUUUUGAAAAAUUCAGAUGCAGGUUGUGACCAUCCGAUUCAAUCGCAACCUCCAUCCGGUAGUUUUAAGAAUAAGGUUUGUUAUAACAAUAUUUCACCAGAAGAAAAAUUCUCUGCACCAAACAACGCUGCAUCUCAUUUUUCUAUUCAAAAACCUGUCGAUUGUAAAAACUCGUCUAAAUUCCAUUUUUUAAAAAAUGUUCCAAAAAAAAGAACAUCUCAAUCUUGUCUCUCUGCAAGAAAACCAACGUAUUAUAAAAAUGGACGUGAAACCAGAGCGGUAUCAAAAGUAUCAAGAGGGAAUACGAAAUAUAUGGAUAGUAGUGAAACAAAAGGUUUUAGUGAUAGCUCUACUACUGACAAAAUCACCAUGGAUAAAACUUCAUUACCACGAAAAGCUGUUUCACGUGCUAUCUCCACCUCAGUCAAUACAUGUGAAAAACAUGUUAUUUCCCGUAAUAUUUCCAACUGUCGCUUAAAGAAGUACUCAGACAUUUUUUCCACUUAUGAAAUAUCCCCUAAAGUCCUUGGCACUGGUAUUUCCGGUGUUGUUCGUGUCGCUACUCACUUGGUCACCAAACGUCAAUACGCUAUUAAAACACUUUCUCGCGAAGGUGUUAAUGCAAAACGAACCGCUAUGCUUCACAAUGAGGUAUCUAUCUUUUUAAAGCUAGACCACCCUAAUAUAGCUCGGUUGAUCGAAGUUUAUGAAUCCGAGAAAGCUAUUCAUCUAGUCAUGGAGCUUUGUACAGGUGGUGAACUUUAUGAUCGCUUAGCCUCCAAAAAAAAGUAUACCGAAAGAGAAACUGCUCUAGUGACGCAACAGAUGCUUUCCGCAAUAAACUAUUGCCAUCAACAUCGCAUUUGUCAUCGAGAUUUAAAACUGGAAAACUGGGUGUAUGCUGAUAAGACUCCAGAUGCUCCUUUAAAAUUGAUUGAUUUUGGCUUUUCAAGAAUUUUCAAUCCAGGGGUUCCUAUGACGGCCAUGCACGGAACUGUUUAUUAUGUUAGCCCUGAAGUUAUGGACGGUUGUUACAAAGAAACAUGUGACAUUUGGUCUAUUGGUGUGAUUGUUUAUAUGUUAUUAUCUGGAUCACCGCCAUUUAACGGAGCACACGACCAUGAAAUUCUCCUUAAAAUUAAAAGAGGAACUUAUUCACUUUCAGGACCUCAAUGGGAAGGUAUUAGUGGAGAAGCGAAAUCCUUCAUUCAAUUCUUAUUACAAAAAGAUUCCGAUAAAAGACCCUCUGCAAUUGAAGCUCUACAACAUUCGUGGCUUACAAAGCGCAGUGUUCUUCAUCAAGACAUCAGUAUAAGUGUGGUCAAAUCAAUGCGAGAUUUUUCUGUUUCUAACGUUUUACGUCGAGCUGCAUUGGGUGUUGUUGCAUUAGGAAUGACUUCGCAUGAAAUUUCAGAUUUACAAGUGGCUUUUCAACAAUUGGAUAUAUUGAACAAAGGUACCAUCCAGUUUCAAACUCUUGUGAAAGUUUUAUGUGAGAAACUUGAUAUCAAUGAUGUGGAAGGCCAGCAGAUUUGUGAUAAAAUCGAUAUCACAGGGAAGAAAGAAGUUAAUUACACUGAAUUUAUUGCUGCUACAUUGCAAGCAAAAUUACUUAUUGAUGGAAAGUUGAUACAAGAUGCUUUCGCAAGGUUUGACGUGGAGAAAAAAAACCGUAUUACAUUAGAAAACCUUCGAUCUAUCGUUGGGGACUCGUUUGAUGGAACACGCGUUGAAUCUAUAUUAAAUUCUUGGGAUCUUAAUCAUGAUGGAUGUUUAGACUACAAUGAAUUUUACGCAGCGUUGACCAAUAACGAUCAUGUCAUUCAGCCAGUUGACACGAAAUUCCUUUGUGAAAAAAGAAAAGCAAUACAAAAUUUUAAUGCUGACGAAAUGGAAAGGGUUCAACAAGAUGAUUUCCCAAUCAACAUCAACACGCCCUCGUUGAAGCUGUCUUGUCAUAAUGAAUUACAAAAAUCAGUGGUACCUUUAACAACUAUUCAUCAUACAUCUUUUCAACCGAUUCCUUCCUCUGUUUCUUAUUCUCUACAAAAAGCAAUGACAUGUUUACCUCAUAUCACGUCUUAACAAAUCAAUAUAUUACUAAAAAAAUCAACCAAUGAAAAAACAUGUUACAUACCAAACACACAGAUGAAAAACCAUUUUUUUUACAAAUAGCUAGUUUACAGUUAAAAUAAUCAUUUAUUAUUAAAGGCAAUUUAUUAAAAUUUCUGUAAUUUUUUUUUUAAUAUUUUGGUGACGUGUCAAGAAAAACCAGUCUGAAAAAGACCAAGUCAGCACAAACAUUUAAAAACUACCGCAUUAUAAAAGUUUCAAUGAAAAA